AUGUCUUCUACGAUCUUGCUCCAGAACGCGACCAUUCUCGUCCCGUCCGGGGAUGAUGUUACACCACUCCGCGAGCACUCUCUGUUGAUUGAGGGGAACAAGGUAGCGCAGAUCUCGUCGCAUAUUGCACCUCCAUCAGCCGACACUCAGAUCAUCGACUGCACGGGCAAGAUUGUGUCGCCUGGUUUUAUUGAUACGCACCAUCAUCUGUGGCAGACACAGCUCAAGGGACGUCAUGCCGACCAUACCUUGAUAGAGUAUAUGCCCACUGGAAACCUUCAACAAAUCAAUUAUUCACCCGAAGAUAUCUUCUGGGGCCAGCUCGCAGGCUGUCUAGAGGCCUUGGAUGCCGGCACCACAACGGUCGUAGAUCAUGCCCAUCUGAAUGUCACGGCCGCUCAUUCUUUGCAUGGCCUCCAAGCCACGGUCUCAUCCGGCAUUAGAUCAAUUUUCUGCUACACUCCCACUCACACUGUCAAGUCAUGGAAGCCGGAAAUUGUACCUGGCGGAAAUUUUCUAGAUGAUUGGGUGGUAAAGCAGCUGAGUGAUCUCGCUGCUGCAGCUCCUUAUGGAGACGGCAGAGUUGAAAUAGGGUUGGGCUUCGAUGGGGUCAUGCUCCCAAAGGAUGUCGUGGUAUCACUUUACGACAGAGCCCGCAAAGCAGGCACGAAGGUUAUAACUACGCACUACGUUCGGGGGCACUUCAACGACGUUUCAUAUGUUGAUCUUCUUGAUAGCUAUGGUCUGCUCGGACCAGAUAUCAUCCUUUCCCACGCAACAAAUCUCACAUCAAGCGACGUCGAGAAGCUGUCCAAGGCAAAAUCAUGGGUCUCUUCCACCCCAGGAUCGGAACUGCAGAUGGCACAUGGAUACCCAGUCUGCUUCCAGGAGGGAUGUAGUAAAAUAAGUUCUCUCGGAAUCGACUGUCAUAGCAGCACUUCUAGCGACAUGGUUACCGCUAUGCGUCUUGGGUUGCAAGCCGAACGAGCUCGUCGGAAUGAAGAGGUCAUUGCCAGUGGAAAGACUCCCCGCUCGUUGGACCUCUCCGUACAAGACGUUUUCCGUCUGGCAACCAUUCAGGGUGCCCGUACCCUACAUAUGGAAGAUAAGUUGGGCUCGAUUGGAGUGGGGAAGCUUGCCGAUCUAGUCAUCUUCGACGGAACCAGCCCGGGGAUGGUGUGCGCGAGUGAGCAGGACCCGGUUGCAGCUAUUGUCCUUCACUCGUCAAUUCGUGAUAUCGAUACCGUCAUUGUCGACGGUCAGGUGCGUAAGAAUAAUGGUCGACUGGCACCCGUGGAGAUAAGCCCGUCGUUCUCGGAGGUCCAUAUACCUAAGCAAAAGGUGGAAUGGGGUCAUGUGGCGCAGAAACUGAUUGCCAGUCGGCAGAGCAUCGAGGAAGCCAGGGUCAAGACUGGUGCCACUGACUUGGAUUCCAUGGUUUCAGCAUCGCUCAAGCUAUUUCACGCGGAUCAGGCACGGUUUGUAUGA